AUGCCUUCUAUAAGAAAAAUAAAGCAAAGAAUUGAAGCAUACAAAAGCACGGUCGCUCUGCUAAACAAUAAAAUCCGAAGACUCGAAACAAAAGUUGGCGGGGGAUCAGAAAAUCUGCAGGAUAGUAUUGAGGAGGGGGAAAUCCGGAAGAAAACAAAAGAAAAAAGAAAGAGGAGGCUUGACGAGUGCAGCAAUGAAAUAAAAUUGCUGGAUAUUGAGGAUAAGGCAAAGAACAGCAUGCCAGACGCUCUCAAGGAGAUAUUCGACACGUUUAAUAUAAUGGACCAGUCUGAAAUAAGAAGGAUAUUCUUAAAACUACUGCCAUAUUUAGACAACUCCUUAAAGUAUGUCAUUCUCCACGACAUUAUUCUUUUCUCGCGGGACCUAGACAAAUACUCUCUGGUGUACAGUAUUCUAUACCAUGAUGCAAUUGAGAAGGAUGGAAGCGAGGUAAGCGAUGUGCUUGAGACCAUUUAUUACUAUAGCAUUGCAGAGGAAGCAGUUGACGGACUGAAGAGCAGGUGCAUUAGCAUUCUUGAGAAGUAUGCAGGACGGCCUGUUUUUAUUGACGGCCAAGUGGCAGCUGAAGUAUUUGAUGCAGUCACCUCCAUUCGCCUCUACUCAAAAGUGCUGGACUGGUGCUGGACGUACAAUGAAUUUAUUCGGGAUAUUCUGCACCCAGAGCUGAAAAAGCCAGAUGGCGCGUUUGCAGUUCUUGUGCUUUCCGCCAUAUAUGCCGAGUGGACUAAGUCUCUUUCUCCACACAAGAGUCUGGAGUAUGUCAUUCAGAUCCUUGACAAAGUGGCAGGCGUGGGAACUGGAGAAGAGAUCAUCCCAUCAAUGCACUCAAUUGAGGCCCAGCUAGCAAGUGCUAUUAUGCUGCGCCAGUUUAGGCCUGGGGCUUCUGUUAAGUGGCACAGAAAAAGAACGGACGAUGCGCCGCUGGAAACAUCAAGAUUAAUCGAUGAUGUCUGGAAAAUAUCAUUUUUGUAG